CACUGCGAAGUGGAAGCGAGCCUGCUUAUGGGGGUUUCGCGGGAGGAACGGAGGGACUUAAAGGGAGUUGGAUGAAAAAAGAAAGGUAGAAUCGGCAGAGAAAGAGGGAAUGAGCGGCACGCGGACCGGGCAGGGGUGGCGGACCAAUUAAAUAUGGCGACAGCAGUGGGGUGUGGCGCUUGCGCAUGCGCAACGUCGCUUUCAGCUGGGGGGACAGGAGCCGCGGACAGAACGGGGCAGCGACGAGAAGGAACCGGCCGGCAAGCAGAGGGAUUGGCGAGUACCCGGCAUACGUUUGUGUGGUGCGCGCUGUCUUCGAGAGAUAGGCUUCCAGUGUCGCUCGAAAACUUGUCCGUCGACGUUUGUUCGCUUGCUCACUCGUACGAAGCGUUUCCUCGUUUUCAUUGAAACCGGUCGGAUCUGUGAAAAGUAGUCGAGAUGACGAUGGCAACGGAGACAGAGAACACUGGACCGGAGAGUAAGGAGAUUAAAGAUGUGAAAGAGAUGAAAGAGGCGCUGAAGGACGAAACGCCGCCGGACAAUAAGCAAGAGGAGAAAGAUGCAGCGAAAAAGGAAGAAAGUGGUAAAAAAGAAGAGACCGCUGACGCUGCGGCCGCUACGCCAUCCUCGGCACCGACCAAGGCUAUCAGCGUGCGUAAGGCCAACUACGAGAAAGAUAUUGUUUAUCUGUAUCAGUUCUCCCGAAUACCUCUUCUGCCCUCUAUCUCACAGUAUUGUCUCAAGGUGGAGACAUGGUUGCGACUUAAUGGCAUCAAAUACGAGAAUGUGGAUCAUAAGAUGAAGUUCCGCUCCAAGAAAGGCGGGUUGCCGUUUGUCGAACUGAACGGCGAAGAAAUUGCGGACAGUACGAUCAUUCUUCGCGAGUUGAGUCAAAAGUUCGGCAAGGACCUGGAUGCCUCCCUUACGUCUGAGCAACGAAGCGUUUCUCAUGCAAUGAUAUCGAUGAUCGAAAACCACCUAGUUUGGGUAGUCAUGUGCUGGCGCAUCAAGAAUCUGGAUCAGGUUCUGAAGGGUUACAAGGUGAACCUUCAGCACGUGCUCGGCACUCGUAUUCCCAAUGGCAUUCUCAACUUUUUCUUCAAGCUUACGUUUGGACGUAAGGGUGCAAAGAAAGUAAAGGCGCAGGGUAUGGGUGUGUAUUCUCCAGAAGAAGUGUCCCAAUUUGGUUGCGCCGAUCUCAAGGUUCUUUCCGACAUGCUUGCUGACAAACCCUUCUUUUUCGGGGACGAACCGACUAUGUUGGAUGUGGUGACAUUCGCGCAUCUUGCCCAAAUUCUCUACAUCGACAAAGACACGCCGUACAGUCUGCGGGACUAUAUGCAGGAGAAUUGUCCAAACUUGGUGGGGCACUGCUCGCGCAUGAAGGAGCGAUGCUUCCCGGAUUGGGAUGAGAUCUGCUCCACCCUUGACAUGAACACGCAUUUACCGAAACCGGAGAAACAGGAGGAGAAGGAAGGCAAAGAGGAUGUAAAGGAGUCGAAGGAAUCAAAAGAGGAAAAGGAGGGUGACAAGGAAAAGGCGGAUAAAGAAGAGAAAGAGCUGGAAAAGGACAAGGAGAUAGAUGAGAACAAAGAAAAGGAAAAGGAAGGGAAAUAAGCUGUCUCGAGAGGACAUGAAGCAAAUAAGUCGUUCAAGAAAAGGGAAAAAUGGAAAAAGAAGAUUCAAAACUGAAGAAAAUUGGGGGUGUGAUCUGGUGAGAUAUAAAGAGGGGGGAGGGGGGUUGAGAAAGAAAAGCAAGGGUGGGUGGAAGAAUGCGUGUGUAUGUGUGCGUGUGUGAAAGCUAUCGUGUGAAUGAUUGAUAGCAAGAAGUAGAAAAGGAGAAAAAAUGCGUGUGUGAAAGAAAGAGAGAGAGAAAGAAUGUGCGUAUGUGUGUAGAAAGCAUGAGUAAUAAAGAAGGAGGGGUUAGACUGUGCGUGAAAGAGCGAGCGAGAGAAUCAACGAGUGUAAGAAAAAAAGGGUAGGGGGAUUUCAGGUUUAGAGCUCUCUACUUAUACGUAUAGAUAUUAAUAGAUUCAUAAUGUUAAAUACUUCGUUUAUAUACGUUCGUAACACGUUACGCCAUUUCUCAUCGACACCCCAGCACACCCGAAUCGAACAACAAACUUUAUUAUUAUAUUCGACCCAGGGCCCUUUUUCCCCCCACGAAAAGUAAUAUAAGAUAGAUAAAGCGAGAAGAAUAAUAACAGAACGGGGCUAUCUCAUAAGUCAUUAGAAUAUCGUAGGUUUGCAAUAUAUCAAAUGCAAUAGCCUGACACAUUCAGGUGUGUGAGAGAUCUUCAAUGAACAGUGGCCAAAAUGAAUGCAUCGUACCAUCGUGCAAACAGACAUGAUGUGUGUUGUAUACGAUGCAGUUUAAUGCAAUGGAGCGAGAUCAUUUAUGGUUACGAUACACGACGAUAGAUAGCACCCCUGACACUGAUUCAGGGAGAAGGCGUCUUGCGGUCGUUUCUUACACCAUUGGCUCUUACUGUGCAAAAUGAGUUACGUACCUAGCGUUCCAGCAACGUACCGUAUAUCACAUUGUGAUCUUCGUUUGAUCGUAUUCUUUAAUUGCAUAUACGUUCGUAAUUUUAGAAUUACUAUUCGGUACACAAACUUUUAUUCCUUUUAAUCAUUGGUUUCAGACAAUCAGACUUCAUUUGAAUUAUCAUUUGAUAGGUGAUAUAGUUUCCUUUCUGAUACAUUUGAAUGCACGAGUGAUUUCUGAAAAAUCGUUUUUCACGCAACAGUAAUCAGAGAUCAAGUAUCGAAUCGUCAUAUGUGUCAGAAAGAAGGACGAUGUCUAUGACUUUACCUUGAAUUUUCAUACUUUUUAUAUUUCUUUGUAUGACUCAUUUCGAGUAAAAUGUUCUCGUGCCCACAUACGUCGAAUUACGUACUUUUUACAAUUUAUUGACAACGUCCCUCCGACGAACGAAGAAUCAUCAGCGAUUACGGAUCGGACAGUAAAUGAUGAUAUUUACGAUAAUUUGUAUAUUAUUAGAGAUAUUCGUAUCGCGUUCACACGGAUGCAAUCCGAGUGACGGCGUCGCCGGAAGCGGAAACGGCGCUGUCGUCACGUCUUAAAGUCGUUUAGGCGCUUUGUUUCUUCUUUUUCUUUCGUCGAGACAAAAAAAAAGAUACAAAUAAAAAAUAAAGAAACUCGAAAAGAGGCACAGGCAACAUUAAUCUUCUCUGUCUGGGUUUCUUUUCGAUAUUCGAAAACGAAACAAAAAUAAAAAAGAAAAAGAAAAACGAACGAAACGCUGUGCUGCCCCCGUGUGUUAGUUCAACUUUAUUAGAUGACUUUUUUCUUCGGAUGUGUGAGAAAAAUUUUACAUAACGAAGUAAAAGAAAAAAUACAAAAAAGUGUCUUUCACGCAUCGAAAUGAAGAAAAAAAAAACACAUAAACAUACACAACACACACACGUACAGACAUUUUGAUGUAUAAUGUUAUAUCGAACGGGAAUUGAAUGUUUUUUGUACGAGGCCGACUUUUAAUAAAACGUUGGCCAGAAAAAUAAUUCCACGAAGACACGAGGUUAAUAUAAUUAAUAUUUAAGUAGUUUACUAUAAUUAAACGACGAUUACGAUUACAUAAAGGACAAAUGGAAAAAACAAGUAAGUUAACAAUUAGUGUGUGGAAGCUGUUUAUACCUUAGGACAACGCAUACGUUUACACCCGUGGUUACAUUAUUAUUAUUAUUAAUUAUUAUGGAUUAUUACGAGUACGAGUAAAGUAAUAAAUAAUUAAAGAUUAGUGACGAGGAAAGGAAAGAAAAAAAAAGAAGUAAUAAGAAACACUUGGACAAGACCAUAAACGUUGCAAGCACAGUAGGUAGGCAUACAUCCAGUACAGUAAGAUUAUUAUAAGAGGAAUAUUAAUAAUAAUUAUAAUAUGACUGCUCGUUUUAUGCUCGGCGCUAUACAUUUCAUUGUCAUUAUUAUAUCACCAUUUAUUAACGAUAUACAUACGAACAAAUAAAAUGUGUUUAUAAAUAUAAUGUGAUCUUUACGAAAUUUUCAUCGAUCUUUAUUGAAUGACCCGUUACGACGAAUGAUAUUUUUUAAAAUAACAAAAGAGGUUAUAUUUUAUUUUAUAUUGCCUGUAUUGCGACUACCUUUUUCUAUUGUGCAUUUUGAAACUAGCACGUACUCUGCAUGCAAAUUAGGUUAGGCGACACGUAAUUUAGUUUUACGUUUUUAAGAAAAUUUUAUUUCUUUUAU